GUCCACAGUGUCUGGUCAUGCCCUGUACUGUCUGCAGUCUCUGGUCAUCCCCUGUACUGUCCACAGUCUCUGGUCAUCCCCUGUACUGUCCGCAGUCUCUGGUCAUCCCCUGUACUGUCCGCAGUCUCUGGUCAUCCCCUGUACUUGUCAAGUACUGUCCGCAGUCUCUGGUCAUCCCCUGUACUGUCCGCAGUCUCUGGUCAUCCCCUGUUCUGUCCGCAGUCUCUGGUCAUCCCCUGUACUGUCUGCAGUCUCUGGUCAUCUCCUGUACUGUGUCCACAGUCUCUGAUCCAUCUCCUGUACUAUGUCCGCACUCUCGGGUCAUCUCCUGUAGUAUGUCCGCAGUCUCUGGUCAUCUCCUGUACUAUGUUUGCAGUCGCUGGUCCAUCUCCUGUACUGUGUCCGCAGUCUCUGGUCAUCUCCUGUACUAUGUCCGCAGUCUCUGGUCAUCUCCUGUAGUAUGUCCGCAGUCUCUGGUCAUCUCCUGUACUAUGUCUGCAGUCUCUGGUCCAUCUCUUGUACUGUGUCCGCAGUCUCUGGUCAUCUCCUGUACUAUGUCCGCAGUCUCUGGUCCUUCUCCUGUACUGUGUCCACAGUCUUUGGUCAUCUCU